UUAUUUGCACAUCUACUGUCAUUCAGCAUGUUGAAAUGUUUUCAUCGUGAGUCGCCGAAAAAGUUUUAAUUUCAAUCAAAUGAAAAUGUUUAACUGAUGAAGAGCUGGUUAGUAGUUUGUUGUCAUUAUUCGUUUUGUGAACAAAUCGUUGGUGAUGUGGAUUGAAAUAUUACAUAUUCAACAUAUACAGUACAUAACAAACGAGUUUAAAAUGGGUGUUGAAAAUUUCACAGUAGUUGCGCAUUGAGUGCCGAUCGCUGUGCGUCGCGUGUCUUGGGUUUAGGAGCCCACCAUGUCCUUGGCGAGGUUAACGAGUGCAUGGGAGGACAACAAGUCUCGCUCGGAGACUGUGUUAUAUCCGGAAAAAUAUUCGGUGUCGUCGGCUAAUGGCCGCUUUUCCCACUCACGUGGGGGUAUAUCACGUAACAGCAGUCGUGAUGAUAACAAACUGCACAAAAGUUUGGAAGAGAUUUCCAAAGACAUUAAAGAACUAGAAGAUUUCAUAACAGUUACUGAGGAAAUUCUAAAACGAGAACGCGAGUACGAUGAACAACUAUACCGAAGAGAACGCCAGCGGAAGGCGUUCGAAAAAACUAUGCACCAAAUUAGGAGUAAAUGCAGUCCAACGAAAAUUUGCUUCGGUCGAGCCGAUGACUCGGGAGUUAAAUCACCAACUUUUAAAGUAAAUAUCACGCACAAAAGACGUAUCAAAUCGUUUAGUCCAAAAAGUUACAAAUCCAAACUGUACUUCCGGAAUGGCAAGAUUGGAUGUCUCGACGCGGAAGCAACUGCAUCCAAUUUGAGGAGUACCCACGAGUUAGUGAAAAGAAUUAUCAACGACGAAAACAACAUGUUAGUAAAAUUGGAGCAUCAGCAUUACACAACCGAUAUCCGAGAGGAAUCGCCUGUUUCGGUGGGAACCCCGUUGGAGAGCUUGCAAAUGUGUGUCACAGAAUCCGUUGGCUCGUUGUGCGAUGAAUCCUACAAGGUUCUAGAUGACAAGCCAGCCGACGAGGUAUCACAAUCAAAAAUGGAACAAAACUUUUGCAGUGAAAGAACGAUUGAAGAUGAAGGCACCAUAAUAAGUCCUCCAGCAAGUGCCAACGAUUUUGUAACAGGCCGAUUACGACAUCUCGCUAACAGAUUUUCCGAAAGAACUAAACGAAUGCGUAGUAAAUUGGAAAUUCCGCCCACACCAUCAAGCAGUGUCAGUGCCCCUUCCAUAGCCCCAUCCACUCAAAGACACAACGUAGAAUUACGUGCUAUUCAAAAUUCGGCGCUCACCCUGCAAUCGGCUACCGGAGCCGAAACUUGUCAUCACGACUACUUUUGCCCUAUAUUUUGUACUGGUGCAAAAACAAACACUGUUUUGGACCCACAGGGAAAGUUUUACAUCUCAUGGCUAUUUAUCGUCUCGCUGUCAUUCCUCUAUAACGCAUGGGUCAUCCCAUUGCGGUCUUCAUUCCCGUACCAAACUCCGGAGAAUACGAAAUACUGGAUCGCCCUUGAUAUCUGUGCAGAUGUUAUUUAUCUGAUUGAUAUUCUGUUUGUGAAGCAUAGAAUAAUGUAUCUGUUUGAAGGAUUUUGGGUCAAGGACACCAACCUUACCCGAAAGAACUACAUGAGAAAACUACAGUUUAAAAUGGACUUAGUCGCUCUCAUGCCGUUGGAUUUGCUGUACCUUAAGUUCGGCACGGAACACGUGGUACUCCGAUCGCCGCGUUUGCUGAAGAUACAAAGCUUCUGGGAGUUUUUCAAACUGAUUGAUCGUGUGAUUUCGUCGCCGCAUAUGAUUCGUGUCGUCAAGACGCUCACCUAUAUGCUGUACAUGAUUCACCUGACGGCCUGUUCAUAUUAUGCGUAUAGCGCCUAUCAAGGUCUUGGCUCCAACCGUUGGGUGUUCAACAACAAAGGUCACGCCUAUGUUCGCUGUUUCGCGUUCGCAACCAAAACCGCCACAUCAAUCGGUAAGAACCCGAAGCCGGAGAAGGAGGGUGAACUGUUGUUUAUGACGGCCGCCUGGUUGAUGGGAGUGUUCGUAUUUGCGCUGCUGAUUGGCCAAAUCCGAGACAUAAUAGCGACCGCCACACGAUCGAAAUCCGAGUACAAACAAUUGGUCGACGAAACGUUGGAGUACAUGCGGCAGUUGAGCCUGCCGACAGAUCUUCAGCGACGAGUUAAGAUGUGGUUUACCUUUACCUGGGAACAGCAGCGAAGCUUGGAUGAAACACACAUUAUGGAUGCGUUGCCUGCUAAUCUGAAGACCGAUAUUGCUAUUUCCGUUCAUAUUCAAACUCUGUCCAAAGUGCAACUAUUUGCCGAUUGUGAAGAAGCGUUGCUUCGAGAGCUGGUGCUAAAAUUAAGAUCUGUUACGUUUCUUCCCGGCGAUUACGUUUGUCGUAAAGGCGAAGUUGGCAAAGAAAUGUACAUCGUCAAAACUGGUCAAGUUCUGGUUAUGGGAGGCCCCAGAAAUGAUAUUGUUCUUGCUACUCUUUAUGAAGGUUCUGUAUUCGGAGAAAUCAGUUUGUUGGCUAUCAACGGUGCUGAAGGAAAUAGACGGACUGCUGAUGUACGAUCCAAAGGUUUCUCGAAUUUGUUUGUUUUAUCAAAAUCCGAUCUGAAUGAAGCGAUCGUCUACUAUCCGAAUGCACAAGCAAUUCUCAAGAAACGAGCUAAGAGUUUGAUGCGCAAGAAUGCUGCUCGAGAAAAAGCGGAAUCACAGCAGAGUAUCGACACCACAGAUGCCGAUACAGACGUAGUUAUCAGUAAUCCGAAUCAUAACCUAUCACCAAAAUUACUGAAAACAGUCAUCCAGGCAUUACCAAGUGAAUCACCUGCCGUACAGCUUCUCACCCAAGGAUUUAAAGGCGAUCACGUGAAGGUGGAAAUAAUUGACAAAUCGCACCAAAAGGAAGAUACCGUAUCUAAUCGUAGUCUGGAAGUACAUACUACACAGGUGCAAAUUGAAAACGAAAAAAAUGUUGAAUUUCCGUGUGAUUUAGUUUACAGUAUUAAACAGGAGCUGAUGGAUAAUAACAGUUACAUUAAUCUAACCGAUACGGAAAAAUACAAACUGCUGAACGAGCUAUCCAAAGAGCUUAAUGAACAUGAAAAAUCACCAGUGUAAAUCUCGGUUGAUCCAUCCUCGUUGAUUCAAUGUGAAACAUUGUCUAGAAAAUCUUUAGAAUGUUUUUUAAAUAUUAUUUGUUAUCGUGAACAGAAUCACAAGAUUACUUGGAGUUAAUAAAAACCAAAAUGUCUGUUGUAACAUUCUUGUUCUAAUAGCCAUAAUAAAAAUUAACCUUCUGUGGAAGAACAAGUGAAAUGAAAGUGCCAUGAAGAAACCCGUCAGUUUUAGUACCAAUAAAACACACUGGAGAGACUAAUAGCUCGAAAUAAUAAAUGUUUUGUGUUUUUCAAGUAAUAAA